GUAUGAUAUGAUCAGUGGUCCUAAUGUAUGCUGACUCGGUUGCCCCUUGUGUGACCACAUGAUAGUGAAGUGACGCCUUGUUCCAUGUGUGAGAGCAGCUCAUUAUUUGGCAACCGGUCAGAGUGGCAGCGGGCAGGGCUGAAGAGGGGAUCCCCGGGAUUUAUUCUUUUUGUACAUCGAAUUACGGGUGUAAAUUGUCUGUCAAAACAAGUGAAAAGCAAAAGGGACACCUCUUCUCCGUAGAGCGAUGUCGGAGGAGGCGGUGCGUCUGACGCGCAGCCAGAAGCGGGCCCUGGAGAGGGACGUAGUGGCCCCUGGCAGCCCCGGGGGGGAGCUGGACAUUAAGAAGGUGAAGCUGGAGAACAGUGAACAGCCACCUGCAGCAGACGGCCCUAUAGCUCUAGUGGCUGUGGGGGGAGGAGAUGUGGUGAAGACGGAGCAGGCAGCCAAGGUGGCCAGCAUGAGCAUCCUGAAGACCGACGAGGUCAAGGCUACCAUCAAAGUGGAGGUGCAGACUGGGGACGGGCCUGUCGACAUGAGCACGUCAAAGAGUGACUUAAAGAAAGAGAGGCAGCCCCUGUCACCAAACAAUGACGUCAUAGUGCUGUCAGACAACGAGCCGUCCAGCCCCGUCAUGAACGGCCUGAACCAUUUCAGGAAGACAGACACUGACCUGCUCAUGAAGAGCAGGCCAGAUGAGAGGGAGUGCAUCAUCAAACAGUUGAUGGAGGAGCUGAGACUACAGGAGGCCAAGCUGGUGCUGCUGAAAAAACUACGACAGAGCCAGACACAGAAGGAGAGCACUGUACAGAAGCCAACCUCUGGCUCUGUAGCCACUCCUCCACCUCUGGUCAGAGGCAGCAUGACAUCAGGCAAAGGAAUGCUACAGGUGUCGUCAGUCCGUAGCUCAGGCACAGUGAUCCCUCCUCCAUUAGUCCGGGGUGGGCAGCAUGUCCCGUCCAAGCAGAACCCCCAGACCACCAUGCCACCCCUGGUCAGAGGGGCGCAGGUAACUUAUACUCUGCCCAUCGCGGUAUCUCCCCAGCAGAUCGCGUCCCUGCGGCAGCAGCAGCAGCAGCACUCUGGGUCGGGCCCUCCUCCCCUGCUGCUGGCCCCCAGAGCCUCGGUCCCCAACGUCCAGGUGCAGGGCCAGAGGAUCAUCCAGCAGGGCCUCAUCAGAGUAGCCAACGUCCCAAACACCAACGUCCUGGUCAACAUACCACAGGGCUCUCAGAAGGGGUCGUCCGUGACGUCCCAGGCCGGGAUGGGCAGCAGUGUGUCUACGGUCCAGGCCAAUGAGUCCCCGGCUGCUCGCCAGGCGGCUGCCAAGCUGGCUCUGCGUAAGCAGCUGGAGAAGACCCUGCUGGAUAUCCCUCCUCCCAAACCUCCCGCCCCCGAAUUCAACUUCUUGCCGUCAGCAGCCAACAACGAGUUCAUCUACCUGGUGGGCCUGGAGGAGGUGGUGCAGAACCUGCUGGACACACUGGGACGGGGCAAGCAGCAGGGUCAGUCUGUUGCCCCGGAGACCCCCGUCCCAGAGGAGCCGCACACCUGUGCCCAGUGCAAGACUGACUUCACGUCGCGCUGGCGCUCGGAGAAGAGCGGCCCCGUCCUGUGCGACCACUGCAUGUCGUCCAACCUGAAGAAGGCCCUGAAGGCAGAGCACACCAACCGGCUGAAGGCGGCCUUCGUCAAGGCCCUGCAGCAGGAGCAGGAGAUAGAGCAACGCAUCCUCCAUCAGGCCGCAUCUCCUGUCUCCAAAACACCCUCCUCUUCCUCUGGGAUGAAGAGUGAGCACCAGCAGCACGUGCUGGUGUCACAGCAGUACAAGCAGGCCAGAGCCCAACUUCAGCAGCAGCAUAGAGGCACGCCUGUGGCCCGCCACCACUCCUCCAUCAAGCAGAGCCCUGGUCAGCUGUCCCGUAGUGUGCAGCAGGCGGUGGGGUCUCGCGGUGUCAGUCACUCGUUCCCCACAUCCUCUCAGCAGCUGCAGAACGCUGUGACGGCGGCCGCGCUGGCCAGUAGGCCAGGUAAGCAUGCCAUGCGCCCGGCGCAGGGGACAAAGAGCAGCAGCAGUAACCCCUCGGCCAACCCCAACGCCUGGAGGAAGCAGACCACCGGGAACUCAGGUGUGACCAUGGCAUAUGUGAACCCCAGCCUGUCUGUGAACAAGACCACCACCUCCGCCAACCUGGAGCGCCAGAGAGAGUACCUCCUGGACAUGAUCCCCUCCCGCUCCAUCUCCCAGACAGCCAACACAUGGAAAUAACACCACCCCUCUAUCAACCCUUAUUAUUAAUCUGAAUAAUAGUCACUCAUUAUCAAUUUAACAAAGGACUCCUCUCUGGAAAACAAUUUCACAUAAUCUACCAUUGACCAAUGAAAUAAAAACUAAAACGCACCUCUCCUUAUGUUCUCUCCCUCCACCAUCUAUCUUCCUGUGAGUCUUCAGUUCUAGUGUGGCGCACUGGUGUUAUACUGGGAGACUACAGGGCUCUGAGAGAUGCUACAUCUAAAAGGGUGGCAUGAACUUAAUCAAUCUCAAACAUUUAUGGUGCCUCGCUGCCUUUCCUGGUCAGUUUUGAUCUUCACACAUUCACACCGAGAGGGAGGGAUGUCCCAGUCCAGCUGUGUCUGUGGCUCUGAUUGGCUAUCCAGGUGACGCGACCGUCAACAUUGUCCACUGUGAAUGAUGCGCCUUACUUCAUCUCCCCCUUCUACCUGGGAGAGCCAGGACCGGGUCUCUCUCUGGCCUCAGUGGUAGCCUGGCAUGGCUGGAGGCACAAGACUGCAGACAGACAGAUGUCGUGACAGGGACUGUGAGUGAUGCCUCGAUCACACCGACGGUUUUAUUGCAUUUUGUUACACCAGAAGUACAUUCAUUUCCAAUGGAACGCUGCGUUUGCCUUGCAGCAUUGCGUUGCAGAGGCAGUUUCAGUGCGCUCUGUGUGGUGCAUACGUUGGAUUUAACUUGUGCGUCAAACUGUAUGCAUAGACAGCUUGACAGAAAUGGUAGCAGAUGGUGAAUGUUGAAUUUUUGUUGCACACAUAUCCAGAUGAUGCUGCGUACUAAUUUGCGCAAUGACUAUCGGUGUGAUCAAGGUGUGAGCCUAGAGGACCAUCCAAGGAAUACUAAAAUAGCUUCAGCUUUGCAAAAAAAAAAAAAAGAAGACUUUUGGAAGAAGAACAAAAUCUAUCCACAGAAUAGACUGCCUUGUCUUUGAACCGACGGUGUGCAGAACAGAGGAGCAGCCCGGAGUGUGUCUGGUUAUUUUGUAUGGCUGAAUGUUAGAAUAUUUUUUGUUUUUUUUAUAAGUCAAAAGAUUCUGCUCCCUUCUAUUUUGGAACUGGACUCUUUUGUGGAGGUCUCUGUUUGUUUGAAAGGUAACGUUACUGUUGAGGUGGUUUUACAUCUGUUGGUUUAGUGUUUCAUUUUGAAAGACUGUUUUCUAAGCUGAAAAAGGAUUAAGUAACUAACUUAACUUUUUUAAUAUGUACAAACACGGAACACAUUGUGGGAGGACUAUUCUUGUAAAUGGUAAAAAAACACUUUUAAAAAACUAAAAAUGGAGCCUUCCAAAGAAAUAGUGCAGCCCAAAUGAUCCUUUCAUUCUACUCUUGUUUUAAAUCCUGUUGUUCAAAAUAGACAGGAUGUGCUUUUUUUCUGAAAUGCAAAAGGGGAGGGGAAAGGGACUUCAUUUUAUGAAGCCAUUUUGCUUUUAGUCAUAGAUUGUGGGACAUUACUUUUCUUACAGACACAUGCUGUGUCUGGGUAUAUUUAUAGGGUCACUAGUUAAGAUGUAUGCUUAUGCCCUCAGUUCCAAUGGAUCUCCACUUUAGAUUAUUUUCUUGUGUCCAGUGUUUUCUACGCGCCCAUUCAUUGGUCUAAAGAGCUGGACAGCUUUCAGAAUGUAGUUAUACGAAACCCUAGAAACAUUUAUACUUUUAUUUCUGUUUUCUUUUACAAGGGAGAGUAUGAGUUAUGUCAGAUCCUUUAAUUAGCUAGCUUGCUAGCCCAUCUGGUGGAAAUGCCAGCGGUAUUGCAUUUAUAUAGGUGGUGCAGUACAGGGUAAGAAAGUGUUGAAAUAUGCACCAUGCUUACAAAGCUCCCUCUCAGAAGGAAUAAGACAGUGCUGUGUCAGUAUGAGGUCUUAUGAGGUCGAGCUUCUGUAUCCAAACAUGGUUCAGAGCUACACAACAGUUCAGUGGCCUAAUAGAAAUUAAACUGAAAGGAAAUUAUCAAACAAUGCUUUGAAUUUAGGUUCUAUCUUGUUUAUUUUUUCACCCCUCCAACAAAUGUGGAGUACAUGCUUUCCCCUGAUUUAAUACGUUUUGAUAGCAGUGUGUGUGGUGUUCCAGACCUCCGGAUAAACCAAGUGUGUUUGUGUUAACAAUGAGACACCGUAAGUGUUAAUUAAUAAAGUGCUGGUUCAUACAGCAACUCCCCAGCUUGUCCUUUUCAUAUGAAUCCCAUUGUUUUCUGUAACCACCAAGCAAUUUGGCUAAUCUCCCAUUGUUAUAGAUUCCCCCCCUUCCAUACCUACCCUAUUAUGAGAUUUCAGAGAGAUAAAUGGGCUUUCAUCUCUAACAUAUUUGCCAUAUAGUGCACUACGUAAUAGGGCUUUGGGUAAAAGCAGUUCACUAUAUGGGGAAUAGGGUGUCAUUUGAGAUUUGCCUGUUCAUCUUCUGGAGCCCUGCUCAGAGCCAUGAUGGUUGGGGUCCUUGGCAUGCGUUCCAGGCAUAGAGAAUGAUCGAGGCCUCUUAAGUCGCCAAAAGGCUGUAUUAGCAUGCACAGCGCCAUUGAGGGCUUCCACCAUUUUAAUGUAGUCAACUCAGUGGGACUUCCAACUUAAUUGGCUGAUCCCUCCUGGUGACAUGUCCAACCGGGUUAUCAGGAGGGAUCAGCUAAUCGUGAAGAAAAUAAAUUUAACUACUUCCAAAUGGAGAUGGCCUCAAUGGUGCUUUCCAUGCUAUAAUGGCACAGAUAGAGGACUCAUCUUUAUAUCUCUGGUUCCAGGCUGCAGGUGCAGCAGCCAUUAGUGUGCUGUCCUGACUACUCCUGUUUGACGACUAACACCAUUCCGUUUUAUCUGGGGUGCUAGCACUGUUUACCGUGUAGCGCCUCACCCUAAAAAAAAAGUUCCUAUUUGUUUAGAAUUGUUUUCUUGCUCUUAUCAAGUAAAAAAUAAACAAUUUAACCCCU